UUGUGGGAAGCCGGCCGCGAGGACUGGUUCCAGUUCACUCGGCAGCGGCGCCGGGCGGAGGGGGAGAGCGCGGGCCGCGCGGGCGGGAAGCGAAGAGGCGGGCGGGCCAGCGAGGAGCGCGGAGAGAAAAGGCGGGAGCGGCCAGGAGGGCUCAGGCCGAGACACCUUGCAGCUGCCGCCGCCGCCACCGAGCCGCCGCUGUGCUCACUGAUCCGCCGCCAGGGCCACCGCCAUGUCGAGCCGCGGCGGGAAGAAGAAGUCCACCAAGACUUCCCGGUCUGCCAAAGCAGGAGUCAUCUUUCCUGUGGGGCGGAUGCUGCGGUACAUCAAGAAAGGCCACCCCAAGUACAGGAUUGGAGUGGGGGCACCAGUGUACAUGGCCGCUGUCCUGGAAUACCUGACAGCGGAGAUUCUGGAGCUGGCUGGCAAUGCAGCGAGAGACAACAAGAAGGGACGGGUCACACCCCGGCACAUCCUGCUGGCUGUGGCCAAUGAUGAAGAGCUGAAUCAGCUGCUAAAAGGAGUCACCAUAGCCAGUGGGGGUGUGUUACCCAACAUCCACCCCGAGUUGCUAGCGAAGAAGCGGGGAUCCAAAGGAAAGUUGGAAGCCAUCAUCACACCACCCCCAGCCAAAAAGGCCAAGUCUCCAUCCCAGAAGAAGCCUGUGUCUAAAAAAGCAGGAGGCAAGAAAGGGGCCCGGAAAUCCAAGAAGAAGCAGGGUGAAGUCAGUAAGGCAGCCAGCGCCGACAGCACGACCGAGGGCACACCUGCCGACGGCUUCACAGUCCUCUCCACCAAGAGCCUCUUCCUUGGCCAGAAGCUGAACCUUAUUCACAGUGAAAUCAGUAAUUUAGCCGGCUUUGAGGUGGAGGCCAUAAUCAAUCCUACCAAUGCUGACAUUGACCUUAAAGAUGACCUAGGAAACACGCUGGAGAAGAAAGGUGGCAAGGAGUUUGUGGAAGCUGUCCUGGAACUCCGGAAAAAGAACGGGCCCUUGGAAGUAGCUGGAGCUGCUGUCAGCGCAGGCCACGGCCUGCCUGCCAAGUUUGUGAUCCACUGUAAUAGUCCAGUCUGGGGUGCAGACAAGUGUGAAGAACUUCUGGAAAAGACAGUGAAAAACUGCUUGGCCCUGGCUGAUGAUAAGAAGCUGAAAUCCAUUGCAUUUCCAUCCAUCGGCAGUGGCAGGAACGGUUUUCCAAAGCAGACAGCAGCUCAGCUGAUUCUGAAGGCCAUCUCCAGUUACUUCGUGUCCACAAUGUCCUCUUCCAUCAAAACGGUGUACUUCGUGCUUUUUGACAGCGAGAGUAUAGGCAUCUAUGUGCAGGAAAUGGCCAAGCUGGACGCCAACUAGGCUGAGCAACGACAGAACCAACUGCACCAUGUACCCCACCUCCAGUUUAAAAGAAAAAAAAAAUCCCCUUCACUCCUACUGGGAGGUGGGACCCCUUUCAUUUUCAGUUUUGCUCAUCUAGGGAAAAUAAGGCUUUGGUUUCCAGUUUAAUUGUUUUUGACCUUCUAAAAUGUUUUUAUGUUAGCACUGAUAGUUGGCAUUACUGUUGUUAAGCACUGUGUUCCAGACCGUGUCUGACUUAGUGUAAUCUAGGAGAUUUUAUAGUUUUAUUUUAAUGAAACCCUGAUUGACGCACAGCAGUGGAGAGAACAGCGUCUUUUACCUGUCACUGAAGCCAGGAAGCCCCGUUUGUAACCGUGUGUUGUGGUGCUUUAUCGUACACCCAGUGGCGUUCUUUUUACUCUAAUGUUCUUUUUGUUUCCACCCUCAGAAGAAUCAUGAAUUUGCAACAGACCUAAUUUUUGGUUACUUUUUGUCUUAUUGAUGGAUUUGAAAAUGAAAGAUUUAAUAAGGCAAAGCAGAAUCUGUUGUCCUUAAUUAUAUUUGCAAUUUGGAAUUUGUGUGAGUUGAUUUAGUAAAAUGUUAAACUGUU